UCGGCACCUUCUCAUGACCCGCCUCUUUAACUUUGGGAUGGCGAGAAUAAGUUUCAUGUAGUUUAACGGAUUUGUCUGGCAUAUGAUAGACAGCCUACAGGAUAAUUUGAGUGUCAGCUCUUCAAUCCAAACCUCGUUGUUUAGACUUUUACGAAACCAGAGAGAAGAGGGAGAGAGACUCGAAUAUAUGCGCCUGUCACCAUGCCGGCAGAUAUUAGUUUAUUUGACCUGGUGAAUUUAUCCAUCGGGACCCCGGAGCCGGGCGCAGUCCAGUUCAACGCACUGCACACGCUCCUUCACGCCCUGAUCAAGCAACUCAACAUCCAGGAUGUCAAGACCGAGUGGAUGGACCCAGAGUCCGGCCGGGACUUCAAGACCCCGCCGCCGAGCACUCUGGAGGUGCCCCGGGAGAAGCCCAGCCCGUACCACCACAUGGAGGGUAAACUGCGGCAAAUCGAGAAGCAGUUAUCCGCCCUGGAGAGGCUACCCAGCGGCACGGAACUGCUGACGCGCACCUCCAGCACCACCACCGGAGCCGCGACACCCGUUAACGACAUGUGGCAAUUCAUGCAGCUCCGUCGGAAGAUGCAGGCGAACGAGGAUGGGGUCUCUAAGUGCAUGGGUUUGCUGCAGGACCUGAUGAAGUCCAUCCAGGAGCUGAAGGAGAGCAAGGAGGCCGCCUGCGGGGCUCUGGAGCACCACAUCCAGACACUGGAGACGCAGAUCACAGAGCUGAGGGAGAGUGAUGUGCCCGAUCGCCUGAAUGCGCUGGAGCAACAGAGACCCCUACUGGACAACCUGGAGCAGAGCAUGAGGGAUCUGACGGAGCGUCUUGACAAGUAUCCUGAUCCAGAGGAGAUGACUGAGUUUGUCACCUGGGAGGUCCUGCAACACACACUCGACACUGAGAGAGAGAACAUGAUGGAAGACAUGAAAAAGAAUCGGGUUGUCGGCAACCCCUUCCGGCCCUUCAUGAUCCGACGCACCAGUAGUGCCCACUCGCGCAUCACUCACCAUCAGGAAAUGCUGCCAGACGCAAUGCUACAAGCUUUCCACAACCAGCCCUUGCCAUUUCCUGCUGGGUCCAUGCCAUCUCAUGCUGGGCCCUUGCCAUCUCGCACCGGGUCCUUCCCGGAUCUCAGUUCCAAUCCCUCCUCUGGCGCCCCUGGCAUCACGGACGCGGGCGCGGGCGCAGGCGUAGGCGCGGGCAUCUUCCCUCCCAGGCUGCCGCCCAACGCUGGUGCCCCCAUGCCCCCUUUCAACAUGUUCCCCGGCCCAAAUGCUGCCGGCGCGUCGUCGUCGGACCCGUACGAUGGCGAGUACGAUGCCAGCGCGGCGGGCGUGGGCUCAGUGCUGUCGGACUCGGCUCUGGGCACCGCCACUGUGGCGGCCUCCGAGGACGAUGACAUGACAGCGGACGAUGCCAACUCCUCCUCGCCACCCCUCGGCUCGGAGCUGCUGCAGGUGCCACCGGCUCCACACGGGUCCUCGCCGCCUCGUGGCGCACCCAUGGGGGGCCCCUCCACACCUCAUGCCGCCCGCCCAGCUUCUGCUGGUUCUGCUGCUGCCGGCGCCCCUGGACAGCGCAUGCCCCACCCCGCCGCGGCUCACUACGUGCCUGCAUCGCACUACAGCCCCAGCGAGGACUCCGCUCCCCAGGCCUUCAUGCCCCAUCCCCAGGCCUUCAUCUACCACCCCCAGGGUGGCUACCACCAUGGCACCACCUACCAACCCCAGCCUGGCCACCCGGGCACCACCACCUACCAACCCCAGGAUGGACACGACCCCCAGGCCGGAGUCCCGGAGCUGUCCCUGUCCCUGUCGGACGGGGGCAUGGUGCCCCUGUCGCGCGUCAGCAGCGGGGCGCUGGCGUACCCCAACACCCUGAACGCCCUCAGGACCAUCGGUGGUCUCGGCGGUCGGCUGGCCAGCCUGGAGGAGCGCGUGGGCCAGCUGGAGACGCUGAAGGCGGACCAGGACAGACUGGACGAGCUCCGAGAGUCCGUGCAGGAGAUCUGCGGGAGAGAAACGCAUGAUAGCCAACUGAUGGAGGAGGUGAAUCAGCUGAGAGGUCUGGUGGACACGCUGGUGUCAAACAAGGAGCAGGCGAGGGCAGGUGAGGUGUUACACACAGUCAGUGAAGAGAGGGAGUUAGAACAGCAGCAGAGCACAGAGAUAGAAGACCUGAGGAGUGUGGUAAAGAAGUUAGAAGAGGAGAUGAGCCUGCUCCAAAGAGAAGGAAGAGAUGGAGAGGAGACUGCAGCCAUGCAGCAGCAGCUGGAGCAGCUGCGGGGCACGCUGGAACACAUGAUCCAGUCCUCCUCCGUACUGCUGGAAAACAGCCUGGAGCAGCACCAGCAACAGAACCAGAUCCAGGCCCAGAUCCAGAACCUAGAUCCAGCUCAGAACCAAAUCCUGGAGGAGGAGAGAGACAGAGACAGCGAGAGCGAGAUGGAGUUUGAGCUGGUGGUGGACAGGAGUAGGGAGAUAGAGAUGGAGAGGGAGAGAGAGAGGGAGAUGGCCAGGAAUGCGGAGAUUGGCCGCUCUGUGGGGGUUAGCCGCAGGGUCAGUCUGCUCUACCAGAGGUACGAGAGGCUACAGGGCCUGGUCAACACCCUCAGGGCCAAGCAGCAACACCCCCCAGGGCCAGCGGGAAGAGGAGGAGGAGGACGCAUGCAGAUGCAGCAGGAUGGAGCGGCCAUGAGUAAUAUUCAGAGCGCCAUUCUGCAGCUCCAGGCCGAGUGUGAACACCUGAUGGAGCAGCACAUCCAGAAACAAGCCAACAUCGACGAACUCUUUAAGAGUGUGGAGGUCCUGGAUGAGAAGAAAGCGGAUCGAGACCUGGUGGAGAUGGAGAUACAGAUCAAAGCUGAUAAGCGUGCGCUGGAGAGCAAGGUGAGCCGGCUGCAGUUUGACACCAUGACGGACCAACUCAACGGAAUGUUCCAGGAGCUGAUGAGUAAGAUGACUAUCCAGGAGCAGGACUGGCACAAAGUCAUAGACCAUAUAUCCAUGGAGAUGCAGAACAAGCUGAACCGCAUAGAGCUGGACCCUGUUAAGCAACAGCUGGAGGAUCGCUGGAAAAACAUCCGCAAGAAGCUACAGGCCCAGCCAGCCCCAGAACCUAGUGACGCUGCCGGACUACGCAGGCAGCUGGUGGCCAGAUUCCACUGCAUUUCCUGUGACCGACCUGUGGACAACAUGAUCCCCGGCCCUUACCUGUGUCCGAUCCCCUUCACCCCUGGCCUGCAUCCGCACAAGUCCAAUCGGCCCUACACCGUCUUCGAACUGGAGAACAUACGGCAGCAUAGUCGGAGCCUGCGUCCGGGGACCAAUCACAGUCACUAUGAGGUGGCGGUGAUGGAGCGCAACCUGGUGCAGGUGCAGAGGCUCCACAGUCACCUGUGCCAGCAGCUGGAGCGCGCUCAGAGCAGACUGGCCCCCGAGCCACGCCCCAUCAUGCAGGCACUGCCACCGCCGCGGACAUUAUCACACUCCGCUUCUGGCAGCAGACAUGACCGCGUGGAGCUAUCGGAGUCGGCCAUCGCCCGUAGCUGUGGCGGCUCACACACCCUGACGUACCGCCAGCGCCGCCACACGCGCCUACAGCAGCUCACACACCUCAUACAGGCGGAGGAGGAGAUCCCUCCGAUACGCACGCCACGCACACAGCCCGAGGAGGUGGACAUUCUGGGUCUGGACGGCCACAUCUACAAGGGCCGGCUGAACACACUCAACUCUCGGCCAAUGAAAAGUCUCAAAGACAGACUACCGGUCAUCGUCGUGAAGGAAGAAAAGGGCAAUAUUCAGCAGAAGCUAACAGUGUCUCCAAAGACGUCAGAGAUGGGCCGCGUGUCGCCAGCUAGACCUCAGAGUGCCAACACACUUCGCAGCCGUUCAGCCUCCUCCACCAGCAUGAAGGACCGCCCCCUGUCCUCCAUUGGCUGCUUGUCCCAGGACGGCGACCAACCACAGCACGGCGACAUGCAGCUGACUGUGGACAUCACCCAAUUGGAGGACGAGCCUUUGACGAGCCUGUGAUAGCCCCGUUGUCAUUAUAUAUACUUACAUAAAUUAAUAAAGAUGUUUACAUUUCCUGAGCAAACCAA